AUGGGGUUGGAAAUGCUUGCGGAUUCCUCUCUGCUCUGCUUUCCCAGCCCCUGUCUCCUUUUCCUGACUCUCCCUUCUCUUGGCUGGGGAGCUUUAACUUUUAAAAGUGCUCCAGGCUGCUCCUCUCCAUCUCCAGUGGGCUCGGAAGCAGCAGGAUGCUGCCUCUUGUGUGAACCAGCCCAGCACUUCAUCGCGGCCACGGCGUGCCAGGAGGCCGACUACGGCUGGAUGAUCCGGCACUACUGCCUCAAGCAGUUCCAGCUCAGCAUGGAGGGCAUCGGCCAGCGCCUCUGGUGCGACUGGGACGAGACCGUGGGCACUUACGGGGAGCUGACCAACUGCACGGCUCUGAUCGCCGAGAGGCUCGACUGCUACUGGCCCAACCGGCUGGUGGACGAAUUCUUCGUGGCCGUGCACAAACAAUACUUCAGGAACUGCUCCCCGUCGGGCCGGGCGCUGCACGACCCCCCGAACGGCGUCCUGUGUCCCUUCAUCGUGCUGCCCGUCCUGGUCACCCUGCUGAUGACGGCGCUCGUGGUGUGGAGGAGCAAACGCAGCGAGGGCAUCGUGUAGCGCCGGGGCGGGCGGCUCUGCCCCGGAACGCGCCGGCUGUUUGGGAAGAGCCUGCCAGAGGAGCAGCACGGAGGGUACCGAGCUUCGGAGGCAGGGACAGCAUCGCCGCCGCUCCUCCUCCGCGGCUGUGCCCCGAGCUUUCCAAAGAAAUGGCACUGAAGCGAGCGAUGGUUGUCGGGCAGGACGGGCUGCCCGGGCCGCUCCGGGGAGCGCCCUCAGCCCGCACCGGCGCUGCCGAGCCCCGCUCCGCCUCUGCCAGCCGCUUCCCCCCGGGAUCCCCUGCCAAGCGGGAAAAUCUUUAAGAUAAAAAACAAAACAAACCCGAGGGGGUGUGGGGAGUUGAAAUCCUGCCGGGCCUGCAGUGCCAGCGCGGCAUCAACACACACGUGUGAGCCCGGGUGCGCCUGAGCAUCCUCGGCUUCCUCUCUGUCCGAGAAAGGAUUACAACACCCUUGGCUUCCCCCACACGAGGAAAGGCAGCUUCUCCCCCAGCCCCCUGCACAAGGCCGGGGUUUGCACGGGCUGGGCUUUGCCUGGGAGCCGGGGAACUACGGGAGGAGGUCGGCGGUGGGAGCGGGUGGGGCCCUGGGGCUAACGAGGAACGGGAAUAAGGUGCUUUUCCUACCG